UAGUUGUUGAAUGGAGUGAUUGCUUCUUUUUCUUAUCAGGGGUUCCGACUUGAAAAGGGAAGGAGAAAUGGCUGAAGCCGAUUCUGCCGGUGGUGGGAACAAGAUAACACUCGACGAGUUGGUCAAGGCUUUGGAUCGGCGAGAUCUGACUCGUGGUAGUGUUCCGAAGGUUGAGACCUUCUUGUUCAAGGGAGAGCGAGUUUCAGAUUGGCUCGAGUUGGUUGAGCAGGCGAUGGUUGGAGUAGCGGACGCGGUGAAGUUUCAACGUAUCUUGAAGUACGUAUACCAUGGUCUGCACGAAGAAGUCAAGAAGGUUAUGGCGGCAUCAAAUGACGAUUGGUCCCGAUUUAAAGAUGGGAUGCAGAGGAAAUAUCAGUUGGGUGAUGGGCUGCUAACGGCGGCAGAUCUGGAAACCGUUAACAAGAAUGACUACACCACCGUUUGGGCGCUGGCCGAGGACUUUAAGAAAAAGGCGAGAAAGGACUUGCAGCGGCUAAAUGCCGUGACAGUACGAGAUGCGGGAGGAUUGCCGAACGCGGACGCAUUGUCAGAGUCAUGUGCAGGGAGGCCUGUAAUCUCGCUUAUAAACCUCUAUUCUGGAUAUGACCAGUUUCUUGUAUACCCGCCUGAUAGGCCAGUAAUAGCAAUGAGUACGCCAAGACGGCUAAUUCAUAUGAAUAUAGCCGCUCAAGGUUGGACCAAUGCAGUGGCGAUGGUGCAAAGACAUAUGAUUAGAGCCAUGCAGACGGUUAGUCCGCACAUCACCCAGCCUUAUAUUGAUGACUUGGCGGUCAAAGGCCCGAGAGAGAGAGAGGAAGACGAAGUCCGCGCAUCACCGAGCAUUAUAUUGAUGACUUGGCAUAUUCAGGACCUUGAUCGGGUUCUGAGCCUGUUGGAAGAGUACAACCUUACAGCAAGUGGCCCAAAAUCCAAGCAUUGCAUGAGGGAAGCUACCAUCUUGGGUUUUGUCUGUAAUAAGAGUGGUCGGAGGCCAGAUGUGAAGAAAACAGAUAAGAUCGUCGAGUGGUCGGUACCCUUCCGCUCGAUAACAGAUGUGAGGAGCUUCCUCGGGACUUGUGGGUUUUUGAGGAGUUUCAUGAAAAACUCUGCCGCUAAGACUGAGCAUGUACAGAAGCUUGUGCGUCAGGAUCAGGAAUGGGUUUGGGGUGAGGAUCAGGAAGAGGCUGCGAAGAGGAUGAAGGGGGAAUUUAAGGAAGGAGGCUUGGUGUUAGGGGCACUAAAGUACGAGGUUACAGAGGUGAAGCCAUUCAUCAUCGAAACGGACGUUGGACCAACUGCCCUGGGAGGAGUCCUGGUUCAGGCAGAUGCCGAAGGAAAGGAGAGGCCGCUAAGAUUCGAGAGUCGAACGCUUAAUACGACUGAGAGGAACUACUCUCAGUUUAAAAAGGAGACGCUUGUGGUACUCCACUGCCUAAGGAUCUUCCGGAACUAUGUCUUUGGCAGGAGGUUCAUAUUGAGGGUGGACCCCACUGUGCUCGCCUGUUCCCUGAAGAAUUAUACUCCAUCUGACCCAACCGUCGCAAGAUGGUUGACGUACAUUUGGAUGUUUAACUUUGAGCUGGAGAGAAUUCCAGGGGACAAGAACAUGGCAGAUGGCUUGAGCCGCAUCAACUGGGACAGGCCAGAUCAGGAGUCAGUAGAGGAUACUCCACCAAUUGAUGGGUUUUUGGACCAAGAAGAGGACGUUUGCCUCCAUAUAAACGAGUGGUCCGGUAUGAGCAAAAGGCGGAGUUAGUCCUCAAGCCCUUUCAGGAGGAGGAACCAUGGGGAGGCAAGGACGUUCACUGGAUGAUGGAGUUGGCACUGGCGGGUACACAUAGUUUGGCGGAAGAAAACUCAGGUGGAGGAGCAUGAGCAGCUGAUGGGGGGAAUGUAUCUCCUUACGAAUACGCUUUUGCAAGGGGAUUUCGAUCGAAGAGGCUCAUUGAAUCCGGCUGAAGGUGAGGAUUUUGUGCCUGAAAGUCAGGAUGAUGAGUUUGAGGAAGGAGAGAUCAAAGAAGCUUUUCGGGCGGAGGAAUAUGAUGGGAUCUACCUUGACUUGGGGCUACUCCUGUCCUGUGAGAUGAGGGUGGGAGGGUCCCGCGCUGCCUUGUGCGGUGCCGGACCGA